CGCUCCGUUUCUGAGGGACUUUACUGGCAUUUAUCCGGACCAGUGACCUUGUAUAACAUUCACAAGUGGACCUUUAAUACAAAGUUUGAGUACCCCUGGUGUAAACAUAGUAAACACUUAAUGAGAAGCGUAUUGGAGCGGUAUCCGUCGGUAGAAAACAUACCUGAAAAACAGAGGGGGAGGUAGUUUUCCUGUUAACGUCAGAGAAUACCUUUGAACAAGAAGCUCCCCCUCUGCAUUUUGACCCAGAACACAAAGCUGAGCCGCAGGGAGACGAAUCGUGUCUUAAAACAACAUCAAGGGUGGGGUACUACUUACCUGGUAAAGCUAGUAUUUGACGAAUUAUGGUGACUCUCGGGUGCGGCCGUUUCAUUCAUGAAACAUCAGCUGCUGCCAGUUCUUUCAGAAGAGAGAUCACCUUCAACUGAGCCUUGACCCCAGCGUUUUCAACAAUGGGACAUCUUCAGAGGAUGAGGAGUGUUUGGAAAUGUGUGCUCUUUGUUCCCAUCACACUCUGUGCGAUCUACUUAAUACCUGCAUCUGUAAAACUUUUUAUUGGCUUCCUACCUAUGGAGAAAUGCCAUUUGGAAAGUGCAAAGAUGCUGAAUCUGGACAGCAGUGUGGACGCCAGCCUCAAUCUCCAGUCCAGACCUGACGUGCUAACCUGUACAUAUUGGAAAGCUGCCAUCAUCUGGGAAGGGAUGUUUGACCCCCGCCUCUAUGACGAGAUGCACAAGAUGAGAGGAUCCUCUGUGGCUCUAACAGUCUUUGCUGUGGGCAGAUACCUUGAUGCUUACCUACACACAUUCCUGAACUCAUCCGAGCAACACUUUAUGGUGGGUUUGCCCGUGACCUACUACGUGUUUACGGAUAUGCCAGAGAAGGUGCCUAACAUCAAGUUGUCUCCUCUGAGAAGCAUGAAGGUGAUCAAAGUGGAGAAGAACUCCAGGUGGCAGGACGUCUCUAUGAUGCGAAUGAAGAGCAUAUCAGAUGUGAUAGAGUCUGAUAUUCGCCACCACUGCACGCACGUCUUCUGCUUUGAUGUGGAUCAGGUAUUUACUGGGAGAUUUGGAUCAGAGGCUCUUGGGGAUUCAGUAGCUCUACUCCACGCCCACUACUACCGCCUUCCAAAGCAUUUGUACACCUACGACCGCAACCCAAACUCCAAGGCGUACAUGGAAACUGGGGAUUUUUACUACCACGCUGCCAUCUUCGGGGGGCUCUGGAAGAAUGUGAAAGCGUUGACCGAGGCCUGCUAUCAGGGCAUCAUGGAGGACAAACAGAACAAUGUGGAGGCUCUGUGGCACGAUGAGAGCCAUCUGAACAAGUACAUGCUGCUCCACAAACCCAGCAAGGUUCUCUCUCCAGAGUACUGCUGGGAUACCAGCAUCGGUUUCAGGAGAGACAUACAAGUCACCCGAUUACUGUGGGCACCAAAAUAUUAUGACACACUUCGCACACCUUAAAAACUUGACAAAUGCUAACAAAUGUAAUGUCUCAGGUUCUCAUGCUCCCUGGCUCAUUUUGUUCUCUCAGGAAUUAAUUUGCAUAUCUUCAAGUAUUUUCAUAAUGGAGUGACAACUUCUUAUAUAAAUACACACUUGUCUUUUAUCCGGAUAUCAAAUGUUUUGGUUGCAUUUUUUUCGAUGUAUAAUAUAUAUAUAUAAGUCAACUUUUUACAUGUUUGAUCAAACUGGCUGCACUUAUUGAUCCAGUUUAUUUAUUUGUAUGUCACUUUGCCAAAUGCCACUGUAUCUCUGUUUUUAACUGAUACUUAUUGACACUCAAAUUGUCACAUUUUUUUAUAACUGUCAAAUCAAUAGCUUUUCUUCCCCCUGUUAAUGUGUGAUUUGUGUCAGUCUUUCCUCUUCUGUAAAGCGAUGUGCUGCUCUUCGUUAACUGUAUUCACAGUGUUCAUGUACAAUGUUUAUUAAUUAUAUCUUCACCAAUUUAAGAUACACAUAUAAUCAC